UUUUUUUUUUUUUUGGUGCGGCGAGCUUUUUCUUAUUGCUACUUCUUUUUGGUUGUCACGUUUGCGAAUAUGCCGCAAACUUUAGUACAUUCCAAAACGAUUGCAGCAUCGUCGCUGCUGACUCCGCUACCACGGCAGUGGCACUUGUACAUUUGGCCGUUUGCUCUGUUGUACCCUGUGUGGUCUUACUUUUACUUGUUCAAAUAUGACGAAUACCUGGGUUCCCAGGAAUGGACCUUUGUCACAUUAGGUUCCAUCAUUACCCUUCACGCACUCGCCUUCCUUGUCUGUCAAUGGAGUGUUGCCAUCAAGGCCAAAUUCACUUGUCUCAAGGAACCGAAUAUCAAUAAAGCCCAGAUGAUCAUGGUCAUCCCGUUCCGUCACAGUGGUACCGGCGCGAUAUGUCCUUUGCACCGUGGCAAAAUUUCCUCGGCUACCGAAAAGCCGGAGCUUUCUUUCCAUUUCCAGCAAAAAAAGUUUAUUUACAAUGAAGAUAAGAAGCAGUUUGAGGAAUUGACGUAUCCUUCGGAUGUCAACCCGCCCGUCGGCAUUUUCCAGUCGGUGAAAGGAUUGCAAACGGAAAAGGAGAUUGAUGAGGUUCACGAAACUUAUGGUCCCAAUCGAUUUGAAAUCCCCAUGCCGACCUUUAUCGAACUUUUCAAAGAACACGCUGUUGCCCCGUUUUUCGUCUUUCAGAUCUUCUGUGUCGGUUUAUGGUGUCUUGAUGAAUAUUGGUACUAUUCCUUGUUUACCCUGGUCAUGCUUGUCGUUUUCGAAGGCACUGUCGUCUUCCAACGUCUUAAAACCAUUGGUGAAUUCCGAGCCAUGAAUCAAAAACCCUUCCAAGUCUACGUUAAGCGCCAGAAAAAAUGGAUUCAAAUGCAAAGCGACGAACUUUUACCCGGUGACGUUGUCUCUAUCGUGCGAACCAAGGAAGAACAGGUCGUCCCUUGUGAUAUGGUCAUCGCGGACGGUUCUUGUAUUGUCAACGAAGCCAUGUUGUCGGGUGAAUCGACUCCCUUGCUCAAGGAAUCGGUGGCUUUGAGAGAUCCGGAAGAUAGUUUUGAUUUGGUCAAUGCGGAUCGAUUGAAUGUCUUGUAUGGUGGCACCAAGGUGCUCCAAGUCACGGCGCCCGUGCAUGAUGCUGCUCCCGAUGGUGGUUGUAUUUGUGUGGUGGCUCGUACCGGUUUUGGCACCUCUCAGGGCAAAUUGGUGCAAACGAUGAUUUGCUCGACGGAACGUGUGUCGGCCAAUAACUUCGAAGCACUCUUGUUCAUUCUCUUCCUGCUGAUCUUUGCCAUUGCCGCCUCGGCUUACGUGUGGAUCAAGGGUGUGGAAAGUGGUCGUAAAAAGUCAAAGUUGUUACUGGAUUGUAUUCUGAUCAUUACCUCUGUUGUGCCGCCGGAACUUCCCAUGGAAUUGAGCUUGGCCGUCAACAGCAGUCUCGUCGCGUUGUCCAAGUUUGCCAUUUUCUGUACGGAACCUUUCCGUAUCCCAUUUGCCGGCAAGGUCGAUGUUUGUUGUUUUGAUAAAACCGGUACCUUGACCGGCGAAAAUCUGGUGCUGGAAGGUGUUGCUUCCGCCGAUCCCAAGGUGGCCAGCACCGAACUGGUGGCCGCCACGACGGUGCCUGAAACCACGACGUGGGUCCUCGCUUCAGCACAUGCUUUGGUUCAAUUGGAAGAUGGUUUGGUGGGUGAUCCCAUGGAAAAGGAAACCCUGAAAGCCGUCCAGUGGCAGCUCGGUCAUCAUGAUAUCGUGACCCCCAUGGAUCGAAAGGAAAAAGGAAAAGAAAACAUGCAAAUUCGUCGCCGAUUCCAAUUUUCGUCCGCUUUAAAACGUCAAUCGUCUAUUGCCAUUCUUGUCCAUCCUUCCUUCUCUCGCCACAAGACCUUUGUCGCCGUCAAGGGGGCUCCCGAAACGCUGAAAACCAUGUACUCCUCCAUUCCUGAUGAUUACGAAGCUACCUACACCCACUUUACUCGCAAAGGCAGUCGCGUGCUUGCCUUGGGUUACAAAUAUCUUCGCGAUGGCAUGAACUCGGAAGAGAUCAACGGUCUUGCGCGUGAGUCGGUGGAAUCCGAUUUGACGUUUGCUGGUUUCUUGGUGUUUACAUGUCCUUUAAAGGAGGAUGCUGUGGAAGCGUUGAAAGAAUUGAAUGAAUCGUCGCAUCGUUGUAUUAUGAUUACGGGUGACAAUCCAUUGACGGCCUCAUCGGUGGCUCGUGAAGUCGGUAUCGUGGAUCGGGAUGUGCUUAUUGUGGAUAAAGAGGAGGGAAGCCAAGAAGAUGACCUCGUCUUGUUCCAUUCCAUCGAUAACUCUUUCCGUCUUGAAGUGAACCCCAAUGAACCCUUGGAUCAGAAAUUGUUGGAUAAAUAUGACGUAUGCUUGACCGGCACCGCCAUGAGUCAAUUCAUGGACAAGCCCAACAUGAAGCUCUUGCUUGAACAUACCUGGGUCUAUGCGCGCGUGUCGCCAUCUCAAAAGGAAUACUUGUUGGUUGGUUUGAAGGAUCUUGGUUACACUACCUUGAUGGCCGGUGAUGGUACGAACGAUGUGGGAGCAUUGAAGCAAGCUCACAUUGGUGUGGCUUUGCUGGAUGGUACUCCUGAUGACUUGAAGAAAAUUGCCGAACGUCAACGCAUCGAUCGAUUAAAGGACAUGUAUGAGAAGCAGAAGCAAAUUUCGGCUCGAUUCAAUGCGCCUGUGCCUCCGCCGCCUCCGGCCAUUGCUCAUCUGUACCCUGAAUUUGCCCAACGCCAGAACCAAGUCGAAGAAAACUUGACGCCUGCUCAACGACGUGCCAAAGAACAAAAGAAAAAGAUGGAAGAAAUGACGAACAAACUCAUGGAAGACAUGGAUAUGGAAGAACCUCCUACCAUCAAAUUUGGUGACGCUUCUGUGGCUGCUCCUUUCACUUCGAAACUUCGUAACGUGGUUGCAAUCAACAAUAUCAUUCGCCAAGGACGAUGUACUCUUGUGGCGACCAUUCAGAUGUACAAGAUCCUUGCUUUGAACUGCUUGAUUUCCGCCUAUUGUUUGUCGGUGCUUUAUCUGGAUGGUAUCAAAUUCGGUGAUCUUCAAGUCACCAUUUCAGGCAUGUUGAUGGCCGUCUGUUUCUUGUGUAUUUCAAGAGCCAAGCCCUUGGAAAGACUAUCAAAGGAAAGACCUCAGCCCAAUAUUUUCAAUGGUUAUAUUAUUCUAUCGGUACUUGGCCAGUUUGCCGUUCACAUUGCGGCCUUGGUAUAUAUCAAUGCACUGGCUAAAUUCUAUGAGCCUCCGAAAGAAGUCGAUUUGGAAGGCGAAUUUGAACCCAGUCUGCUCAACAGUGGUGUUUACCUGAUUCAACUGUCUAUGCAGGUGUCGACGUUUGCCAUUAAUUAUCAGGGUUAUCCUUUCCGAGAACGUAUUCAGGACAACAAGACACUCUAUUAUGGAUUGAUGACUGUGGGAGGUAUCGCACUCGCUGGUGCCACCGAAUUUUUCCCCGAACUGAAUGAACAGCUUAAACUGGUGCCGUUCCCUAGUGCGUUCCGCAACAAGUUGACGGUGUGUAUGUUAUUAGAUUUCGGUGUUUCUUACGGCAUUGAAAUUGUGACCAAACAUUUCUUUGCUGAUAACCGGGCCAAACCCAUUGCACAACGAGGAAGAAAAUAGAUAGCAACAGAGACGCUUUAUGUUGUCUGGGGAACUGUUGAAAAAUAAUGAUUAAACCUUAUACAUAACAUAUAAAGUGUACAAACAUGAUAUUAUUCUAUGGAUAAACCCCA